AUGAACAGACUAAACUUGUUAUUUAAACUAUAUCAUAGACGGACAGAAUGCAAUUAUAGUACCAGCCUUGUUGGAAAUUCAAAUCAUGUUAAACUAAAAAAUAUAUCUUAUAAUUUUUAUAAAAAUAGUAAAAUAAAUAAUAUAUUAAAUGAAGAGAAUUAUGAAAAUGCAAUAAAAAUAAGUGAAACUAUUUCAAAUUUUUAUAAAAAUAAAAUAUAUAACAAUCAAAGUUAUAUACUAAUUUUUAAAGGACUUAUGAAUAUAUUGCUAAAAAUAAAAGAAGAAAAAAAAAAAAAAAAAAUAGUAAAUAUUAUGAACAUAUUUGUAUUAUAUUUUAAAGAUCAUAUAAAUAUUAUGAAUGAACAAGAUAUUACAUUAUUAUUAGAUACUAAUGGAAAAUGUAACAUUAACAAUAAAAUAAUAAAUAAAUUAAUAAUUAAUAGAUUUGAUAAAAAUAAUAAAAAUAAUACAUUAUUUUAUAAUUUAAAUCAAAAAAGUGUGUGUAUCAUAUUGAACAAUUUAUAUAAAAUUAAUGAAACAAUAAAAAUAAACAUGAUUCAAGAUAUAUAUAAUUAUUACAUUAUUAAUAAAUAUUCAAAUUAUACAUUAAAACAACUUAUAAUUAUUUUACAUUCUUUAAAUAAAUAUAAUUUCCAAAGAUCUCAAAUUAUAUAUAUUUUAAAUUUUAUUUCAUCAAAUAUUUUUAAAUCAUAUGAUAUUUUUCUUAAAACUUGUGAAAAUGAAAAAAAAUUGACUACACCCUCAAAAUAUCAUAAUAGUUCCAUUUUAAAAAUGAGCGAAAAAAAUAAAACAUCAUCUAUAUAUAAUCAAGAUGGAGAUAAAGAAAAUAUAAAUGAAUUUGCUUCAUUAUUUUGUAAAAAUAAUAAAUAUGAAAUUAUUUUAUUACAUGUUUUAAGUUGUUACAAUUAUUGUAAUAAUCAUAUUAUUAAUAUUUUGAUUAAUCAAACAAAAAAUAAAAUCUUAACAAUUUAUAACGAAAAAGAAAUAUGUAUGUUAAUUAAUUCUAUAUCCAAUUUUUUUGUUUUAAAAAAAAAUAAAAAUUUUGGAAAACAUGGAACGGAAGAAGAUAAUUGUAUAAAUCAUAAAAACAAAUUAAUUAUGUCAAAUUUAAUUAAUAAUAUUAUUAAAUUUAAUAAAAUAUUUAACCAUUACUCACAUUUUAGUAUAAUAUCUAUUUAUAUAUUUUUGUCAAAAUUAGAUUAUUUCAAUUCUUACAAAAAUAAACAAAUUCAUGACAAAUUUCUAAAUCAUAUAUUCUACAACUCGAUAUCAGAUGGUGUUGGUGAUAGUGAUAAUAUAGACAAUGUAAAAGAAAAAAAAAAAAUUCCAUAUUUUUUUCUUAACAAUAAUGAUAAAGAUAUUACUGUAAAAAUAUUAAUAAAUUUAGCAUUUUCAUUAUCUUUAAAUAAUAUAAAUUGUUACAAAUAUUAUAAUUUUGUUUUACACUAUUUUUAUAUAUUAAUAAAAAAAUAUAUUAUAUCUUUUAAUAAAAAUUCUGAACAAAUUAAUUAUGAUAUAAAUAAGUUUAUUCAAUUAUUGACAAUUCAAAAUAUACAAUUACUUUGUAUUAUAUACACUUAUUUAUUUAUAAAUCAAAUUUUAUUUAAAUUAAAUAUAAUACAUUAUCAUUUAUUUUUAUUUUUUAUAAAUAAUUUAAAUUAUAUCAAUUCUAUGUACUUAUCACAACACACCACUUCAAAAAUACAUGGAGAGAUAAAUACAGUGCUUACAUCCUUAAAACAAUCAAAAUAUUAUAAUUUAAAAAAUAAUCAAAAUUAUGACGAUAAAAUAAUAACCCAACAAAUAUUACACACUAAUGAAUGCUUUAUUUUUCCUUAUUAUAUAGAUAUAUAUUUAUCUCCAAUGUAA